CGCGUUUCCAUUAUUGUAAUCCAAUUUCUUAACAAUCUUACCUCUCUUAUAACUUUUUUUUUCUUCUAAUCUCCGUAUGUUUUAGUUGAAGGGAUCUCGUGCUCCAGAAACUAUGUCGAGGCAACAAACCAAGAGCAUCAUCAUGAUCGUCCGAUCACUGCCACACCCUACUAUGAUAAUCAUGAUGAUCAUCACAGAAACCCUAGACAGCCGGUGGAAUCUGCAGCAGCAAGCCUGACGAUGGCUAACAAGCUGGCCGACGGGACGACGAACGGUGAUGAGUGCAACACCAAUGAGGAUUGCGUCGGAAAGAUAAUUUGCGGUGGUGUGGACCCGAUUUGCUACAACGGAUAUUGUGACUGUCUCUGUUGCAACUAAAAGAAGCCCUCUCUUUACGAUGUAUGGUUUGCGAUAUAAAACAAGGGGAGAAAUCAUCUCAGUCGUCUUUUGUUGUUUUUACUGUGUAUUAAUAAUGUGUGUAAUAAAAGGCCAAUUAUGUCCAUUAAGUUGGCCAUAAUCUUCUUAUUGAAAAAUUCGGGACAAAACUUAUACUUACGCUAAACUUCAGAUCGAAUUAAGGUAUUGACAGCUAUUUUUUUAUGGAAACUUAAAUCUCUCCCCCGAUCGCCUUCGACUACUCUUUGAUUAUGACUCUCUUCCUUCGUCUGGCCACCUUCGUUACUGUCUCUCGCCCCGCAACACCUAGAACCAAUAAGAACGAGUAGAAACCUGUGUCCACGAGUACCAAUGCCAGUGCCAAAUCAACCAAUAAAAAGCAGAAAUCAGUACCAAUACAAUAACAUAAAAAAGUACCAAUAAUAAUUGGAUGUAACGAGUUCCAUCGCUAUCAAUUCAACCAAUACCAAAAUUAUCAGUACCGUUAACAAAAUCAACCAAUGCCAAUUCAACAAAUAUCAACUAGUAUCAAGCAUAAUAUAAACACAAAUCAAUACUAAUAUACCAACCCCAGAUUUACGUGGUCAACCUGUUGAUUUACAUGUACUGCACGAACUACCUUUGAUCUUUUAUCAUAUUUCUUCUUCACCGAAAUGGCGAAAUCCAAAGCCACUUUGUUCACAUGAAUUCAGAGCGAUAAGCUAAUAAUGAAGUUCGUCAUUUAUAUAAGUUUAUGUUGAUAUUAAUUCGGGUUGAAUGGUAGAAAAGUUCUUGUUGCAUUAAAAUCUUUUUAGCGAUGAAAAUCUUCUUCCAACACGGAUAAGAUAGUAAUCAAUCGAUUGACCGUGUUGUUUGCACCGAUAUAUCAACCAUUAUUUUUUCUUUAUAAUGGUGGAGUCUCGUUGAGAUAAAUGAAACCGUUCUAGUAUUUUUAGAAUUUUUAAAAUGUCUAGUCUCUUAUCCUUCUUGGGAAAAGAAAAUUUGGUUGAAGUUUCUCCAUUUUGUCUCGGUAAUGGGUAUAGACUGUAUAGUCCGUGACAUAUGGGUCCAGCAGCUUAGUUGGAUCCCAUUCAGAGCCCGCAGUGUUUAAAAAUUAACAUCCCAGCAACUAGCAGAAGAGAUCAUUUCAUAUGAUCAUCACCAAAUUUCAACUAGCUUUCCUGCGUUUUCCUACGAGCAACUGUUGUAAGUGACAAAAAAAAGUGAUUACCAUAGUGUUCCCGCCAAGAUGAUUUGUUCUUCUUCACCAAGUUGGUGGUGGUAUGGUGUGUCUUGCUCCCAUAAACAAAUCGGCAGAGUCACUGUUCUGGAACUGCCUUCUAAGAAGCUCUCUGGCUCCAUCUCGCCACACAUUGGCAACCUCAGUUUCCUGCAAAGGUUGCUACUUUCCAACAACAGCUUGAUCGAGGGAAUCCCACCCGAAAUCGGCAGGCUCAACAGACUGCAGCACCUGAUUCUUCAGGACAAUUUGCUGGGUGGCUUGAUCCCAUCGAACAUCUCAGGGUGCUCUGCCCUUACCUUGUUCUACGUAGGAAACAACGAAUUGGUGGGACGGAUACCAUGGCAGCUUGGAUCCUUGCAGAAGCUACAGGAUCUUUGGAUCAAUUCAAACAAUCUGACAGGAACCAUCAUCCCUCACUCUCUUGGAAACUUGUCGUCUCUACGCGUGUUCUACGCAGCAGAGAACAGGUUCAGUGGGGGAAUUCGUGAUGUUUUGGGCCAAAUGACGAGUUUGGAGGAGCUCAUUGUCGCGUCGAACAACUUAUCAGGUGAAAUCCCGGAUUCUGUAUUCAAUCUUUCUUCCCUCACGAUUUUGUCAUUUGGAGUGAACAAACUCCACGACAAUCUACCUAGAGAAAUGGGAUUGUCACUUCCCAAUCUUGUGCAUUUGGAUAUGGCUGAAAACCAGUUUAGUGGUAGCAUCCCAGCUUCUCUAUCCAAUGCCUCGAACUUGGUUAUACUUCAACUGCAGUUCAACAAUUUUACCGGGAGGAUGCCCGGUAUGGAAAGCUCUCACAAGCUUUCCCGCAUUUACAUCUACCAAAACUCACUUGGUGGAGGGAAGGCUGAUGAUUUGAGCUUCUUCUCUUCUCUGCCCAAUGCAACCAGCUUGGUGCAGUUGUUUGUUCAUGUGAAUCACUUUGAAGGCAACUUAUCAGAGGUGAUUGGCAGCUUGCCAACCAGCCUGGAGAUGCUUAGUCUGUACAGGAACAGAUUCUCCGGGAGGAUACCAAGCGCGAUACAGAACCUCGUCAACUUGCAGGUUUUGGAUGCACAUAAGAACGAUCUGUCGGGUGAAAUCCCGUCGAUCAUUGGAAAAAUGGGAAAUCUGCAGUAUAUAGAUUUGAGUAGCAACAAUAUUGCAGGUAACAUUCCAUCUGCCAUUGGAAAGCUGACUAGAUUGUAUAGGUUGGAUCUUGGGGACAACAGGUUACAAGGAGAAAUUCCUGCUGCAAUUGGGAACUGCACAAGUUUGAUAGGUUUGAGCUUUUCUCAAAACAAUCUUAGUGGCAACAUUCCCUCGCAACUCAUGGGUCUUUCUUCAUUGUCACUUCAUAUGCUCUUGUCUCAUAAUCGUUUAUCUGGCACCAUUCCAAUAAGCAUAGGAAGUCUGACAAAUUUAGGGGAGUUGGAUCUGUCACAUAACAUGUUAUCAGGUGAAAUACCAGCUUCUCUUGGUAGUUGUGCAAAAUUAGAGAUGCUGAGCUUGCAAAGCAAUCUGUUACAAGGAACCAUUCCUUCUUCUCUAAGUUCAUUAAGAAGUAUCAAACUGUUGGACAUCUCUAGCAAUAACUUAUCAGGUCAAUUUCCAAAAUCGUUCGAAGGCAUGAAGCUAUUGCAGCUUUUGAAUCUGUCUUAUAACAAUAUUGAGGGGGAAGUGCCAUCAAAUGGAGUCUUCAGGAAUGGCAGCAUGAUUUCAAUCGUUGGAAAUGGCAAACUCUGUGGUGGUGUGAUUGAACUCAAUCUUCCACCUUGUAACUUCAAGCAGAAAAAGAAGGCAUUCAGCCAUAAGUUGAUCAUCAAGAUUGUCAUAUCGACAGUCUCCAGUGUAUUAUUGCUGGCAUUCGUGGGUUCUUGGUUGCUUAUCUUUUGGAACAAAAAGAGAGGAAAGCACGAGACAGUUUCUGCUGGUGAUUCACAGCUCCCAUUGUCUUACCGUGACCUAUAUAAAGCUACAAAUGGUUUUUCUAGAGAAAAUUUGGUUGGUGUGGGCAGCUUUGGUUCUGUGUAUAAGGGGCUCCUGGACAAGAAUGGGAUUGCAACCACCAUUGCAGUGAAGGUGUUUAACCUACAACGUCGUGGAGGUUCCAAGAGCUUCAUGGCAGAAUGUGCAGCACUGAAGAACAUCAGGCACAAAAAUCUUGUGAGAAUACUAACAGUGUGUUCAGGUAUCGAUGAUCAAAUGAAUGACUUCAAGGCUCUCGUAUAUGAGUACUUGGCCAAUGGUAGCCUCGAAGAUUGGUUGCAUCCAGUUGCAGAUGGAAACGAGCCUCUAAGGAGCUUGAAUUUCCUCCAAAGGCUGAAUGUUGUCAUUGAUGUAGCUACUGCAGUAGAUUAUAUUCACCACCAAUGCGGAACACCUAUAGUUCAUUGCGAUCUCAAACCGAGCAAUGUGCUUCUCAAUGAAGACAUGACUGGUCAUGUUAAUGAUUUUGGGUUGGCAAGAUUCCUGCAACCCACUGGAGAUUCCUCUUCGAUUGGCCAGAUGUCAAGCACCAUCGGCAUAAAAGGAACAAUUGGCUAUGCUCCUCCUGAAUACGGUAUGGGAAAUGAAGUCUCAAAACAAGGUGAUGUCUACAGCUAUGGAGUACUCUUAUGUGAGGUUUUCACUGGAAAGAGACCAACCGAUGUGAUGUUCAAAGGAGGUAUGAACAUUCAUACAUUUGUUAGAACUGCUCUAUCAGAAAAGCUAAUGGCACAAGUUCUGGAUCCUGUUCUAAUCAAUGAGCUACCUCUUGGUCAAGCAACCCCUUUUGAUGCCAUUAGCAGCAGCAACACACAGGAAACUAAGAAGAAGAAGGGCAAAAUACUGGAGGAGGUUCUGAUCUCCAUUCUCGAAAUAGGUGUCGUUUGUUCUUCAGACUCCCCAAAUGAGAGAAUCAGUAUCGGUGAAAUUGUCACCAGGCUUGUCUCAAUGAAAAAUUUACUUCAUGACAAAUUUGCACAGAGACAGAUUGGUGGGAUGUAAUUGUAUAGAGUUGGCUGUUGCUGCACGGGGAUGAAAAGUAAAUUCGAGUUGAGAAGGCAUCUGCCAGGGUGAAUGGUGGGAAUCAAGGAGACGAGGGACAUGCAGGAUGGAGGUAGAGUCGAUGAAGAUAACGGAUGGAAGAGGCUUUUUGUGGCUGAAGUGAACAUUUUUCAGGAAAGCUUACGUGGAGGGGGAGCUAACUUCUACAAUAAGUCAAUUUGAACUCG